GCAACCAGAAAGAAAGGAAGAGGGGGAGAAAAAAAAGGUCCAAAAAGUCAGCGUCGGAAAGUCCGAUUUUCCCAUCUGCAUUGAAAGAUGAGCUUGUUGUCUGCCAUAGACACGAGUGCCUCCGUGUACCAGCCUGCGCAACUUCUCAACUGGGUCUAUCUCUCCCUCCAGGACCCCCACCAGACCAGCGCCUUUGACGCCUUCAGACCCGAAGCCAACUCCUCACACCCGGAUCUCAGUUUUAGCAAAACUCCCGCAGCGGCCGACCUGAGCUCGUCUCUCAACUCCAACUAUCUCAACAACUUCUUUCAGCUGCAGCGGAAUGAGGCCUUAAACAACAACGUGUAUAAGAAUGUGUCGCCCUAUGGCUCCCUGAACAACAUUGUGGAUGGACUCAACUCCCUGACAGACCAUUUUUCCGACCUUUCCCUUUCUUCAGAGCCGAGAAAACCUAACAAGAGACCACCACCCAACUACUUGUGCCACCUGUGCUUUAACAAGGGUCACUACAUCAAAGACUGCCCUCAGGCCCGACCCAAAGGAGAGGGCCUGACACCUUACCAGGGAAAGAAGAGAUGUUUUGGAGAGUACAAGUGCCCUAAGUGCAAGCGGAAGUGGAUGAGCGGCAACUCGUGGGCCAACAUGGGACAAGAAUGUAUCAAAUGCCACAUCAACGUUUAUCCACACAAACAGCGUCCGUUAGAGAAGCCUGAUGGCCUGGAUGUUUCUGACCAGAGUAAGGAACAUCCACAGCACCUCUGCGAGAAAUGUAAAGUCCUGGGCUACUACUGCCGCCGUGUGCAAUAAUCAUCCUGAUAGCAUCUUUAACAUCCUUCACCAAGGCUGGAGACUCCACCCGACCUGCAUAGUUCUCAUCCAGGUUUCCCUCAUUUCCUGCCCCGUUCCCAACAUGACAUCCUCUCCUCCUCACAUUUGUCCAAAGCCUUGAAUAUAUAGACGGCAGUCUAACCUAAUCCUCACACCUCUCUCAUAAUGCCCUCCUCUCCACCUCAAGAUCACAGGACUUUGUAAUUGUGACUUUUCAUUGACAGUAUUGAAUUUGACACAUUUUCACUCCAAGUGCUCUUUGACAAAAGUGAAAACUUUCCAAAAAUCAUUGACUCUAAAUCUUAUGUAUGCCUUGUGUAGCAGUAAUAUGGCCUCAUUAUUCAAGUCCAUACAUAUGAGCAGUUUGUUACUGCAUUUAUGAGUUGGCACUCGGCGUGUUAUUCUUUGGUGUCGCUGACAGUAUUGGUCUCAUAGAUUACCUCACUUUGGUGUUUGUUACCUCCACCAACCAUUCAGAGGAGGGCGGAGUUUGUGUAAUUGCCCCUGUUUGUCUAACUGGAUGCUAAAACUCAAAAAGUAGCUGAUGGAUUAGAGUGAAAUUGAUCAUUGGUAUCUGCUUUUUUUAACAUCAUGAGAUUUUCCUUUGAUCUCAUUCUUUAGCAUUCUUGAUAUAUGAUGUCACAAAGGGGCUCAGUAGUCAGAAUUCUGACUGGUCCCUCUCUCUCGGUUGAUGGAGGCCAUCGUUAACCUCGGCAGAGGUAUGCGCUGUCUUGGAAGGCACCUUCUAUUUGGCUUUGUGUUUACAGAGAUCAGCCUUCCAUUUCGCUGCCGAGUGAAGUGUGCGGUAAUGUGAUGAACGCAUAACCUUGGCCGGGUUUCAUAAAACAGUCUCAUCUUUGAGUCUGUUAAACUUACUUACUUGACUACAGUUAGUUGCCCAACAUUAUCAUCUAAUCUCAGUUUCAUAUUGACGGCUAAACUUGUAGAUGUAGUCUUCUGUCAGUCCAUGAUUUUCACGGGCAUAGUGGCCUCGCGAGUGCUGUUGCCAAGAAACACCUCCAAUGUGCGAGAGUUUUGUUUACUUCUGGGUUGGUUGUUGUCAUGAACUAUCAAGCCUUUGUUUCGUCAAGCGGCUUUAUUAACACUUACGGACAUAUACAAACUGCAGAACGAUGUACUUAGCGCUUACCCUAGCAGUUCUUCUUCUACACUUCCAUCAAGCCUUUUUGUGCACACAGUGCUGCUCGGCGUACCAGCCUGGUGGCUAAUGUGAUAACGGUCACAAACACAUCACGACAGUUGUCUGCUAUAACUGGGGCCAAAAGCGGAGCUAGCUCUCCUUUUGAGGGAAUACGAGCAACGUAGGCGUGCUCCUGAGUGUUCCAUCAAGUGGUGGCACGUGACAGCUGCCAAAGUUUUGUCGACUAAAUUAAGUUUAGCCUCCUCUGUGCCAGGCUAAAAACUUUAGUCAGGUAACAUGAAACUUUAGCUGGCUAAACGCUUUGUAAUGUCAAAAAAUUGGUCAACUAAGUAAGUUUAUUUGACUUAACAAGAUUAGAGUGCUUCAUGAAACCGGGCCCUGGCCUCUCAUGACGCAAUAAUGUAUUAGAGGCGUUUGAUGCCAUAUUAGGUUCAACAGCACAUCUUAUUAACUGUGAAUUAACUGAGGGAUAAUGUGCCAUACAUCCCUGGCUUACAUUUGGCCUAUUUAUUUUCUUGUCUUAUGUGCAAUUUGAAUAUUAGCUGGGACAUAGAGAAGUGUUUGUAUGUUUGUGUAUCAAAAUAUUGUAUAACUGCUUUUUUGUGUCUUUAGAAACUACUGUAGAUUCAGUUGCGUAGAGUUGCUCAUUUAGAUCUGUUGCAAUUGCUAACAAAUAUGGUUUCAUUUAUCCUCUUUAAUGUACAUUUUUUGCCACACAAAGCCUUGUAAAUCUAGUGUCAUAUAACAGAUAUUGCUCUGAAUUCACAAACUGACAGCAGCAGCAACAGCAGUAACACUACUUGCACCAUCCUCGUUGCUUCCUCACAGUGGCGCUUGCAAAAAUAUUCCACAUUUCAAAGUCAUGUGUGAAGUUGAGCUAUUUGAAAUGAACUUUUCACUUGUAAUGCUUUAGUAGAUUCUUAGCAGAAAAGAGUAAAAAACAAAGGAGGUUUUUGUCUGAACGAGUUUCAAAAUGACAUUCAAGUUCAUGUUUUAGUGCCAAUUCAUGCCUGGCAGCCUGAGCGUAGUCGGGGAAACACAGUGAAGAUAAAUGGAAACUUGUCCAAAGAAUUGUCCUCUUCAAUAUGACGUCAAACAUUUAAUUGCAGCAUAAAGAAAGUCCAGAGGGAGGUGAAAGUGCAGUGAUUUUCAGGACGGUUAAAAGGAGUGAAUUAUAGAUGGGCUGUUUGGUGAUGUGGUGAUGAAGACUCAAGGAUGUGAAAGUGAUGAGAAACUACGAUUACAUCUGUUUUUGUGAGGCCUACUAUUAUAAACACAAUGUCUUUAGCGGGACAGGAACACACUUUAUCUUCAUUAUCUCGUUAUGUAUCGCACUACAUAGGAAAUCCACACUGAUAUGCAAAACGUACAGUUCAUGUCAUUUUUACUUAUCAAAAGCUGCCUUUAAAGAAAUAUUAUGAAACACAUUUGUAUAUGUACUGUAUUUGUAGCAUUACAAAAGCUGGCUGAAUAUAUAUUUAUCCUGUAAAAUGAUGUAUGUGCCUUAAGAAGAUUUAAAUCUCAUCAAGUAUAAAAAAAAACAAACAAGCAAAAAACCUGAGAUGAGAUGGCCAUUUGAAAUUAGUUAAAGACGUGGUAGGUUUGGAUUCAAAGUGGAAUACGUGCAAGUGGGAAUGAUGAGCCAUUCUACGUUUAAUGCAGGUUCAAGGUGUGACGAUGGGGAGUAACUUAACAGUUUGAACUGAUACGAUGCGUGUUUGCUUUAUGAUGAUGUGCCUGCUUGGAAUCCAUUGGUGUUUGUAGCUGGAAGUGAUUCUAAAUCAACACAGUCUUAGUCAGUGCUCCCAAUGGAAUGGACUAACCAGUGACAAUAUUGACCUCACUUACACUUAAGUCUGUAUAUUUUUGGACACUGACGAUUUUUUUUGUUGUUGUUAUUUUAUCCAGCAGCAUUUGAAUAUGAGCUGUGGUAGUACAGAUUGUGUGCUUUGAUUUUCAGAUAUCUACAUCCAAUUCAGGUGAACGUUUUAGGAAUCAUAGCACUUUUUGAGUAUGGGGCCCACAUUUAAUUUGGCAAUUGCAGAGAUGUUUUAUACUUUUGUUGCCUUAAAAAUGUCGGGACUAUACACAAAAAGUGUUGUAAUUCCAACUAAAGAAUAAGAAAGAUGAGAGGGCUGACUUCCAUUGACCUGCACGGCAAUUGGCUGAGCACCAGCGGACAUUUUGAUUUUGUGUAAGUGGCGCUGCUGUGGAAGACACAGGCAUCAGAAUACAGGCUGGUCAUGCUGGCACUGAUGCAACAAUUUCAGUGUAUAUUUUGUAUACUAAGUGACCAAAUUAUUAUGGCUACACACGCAGAUCAUUCUUACUCAGGAAAAAAGUGAUCAGGCUCUCAAAGAAGUUGGAACUAAAUCCUCAGCAAAAUCUUUUCCAAAAGGAGAGCUGACAACAACACCAGAACAGCUGAUAGAGAAAAAUUUGCGGAAUGUCAUUUUGUCACAUCACAAUUUAAGAGUCCACUAGAUAUGUAGGAACAGUUCAAUAUAAUUAUGUUGGAGUUCUAAUAUACUUAAAUGAAUUGGCCUUAUAAUUGUACUGAAUUCCCAGAAGAGGGCAGGAUUGUCUAAAUGAAGGGAAGUGUCAGGAAUACGUCAGCUUACAUACGUAUAGCUCAGUCCCAGAAAUACUGUUGGCAAGACAAAAUGUCCACUGUAAAGCAAGCAUUCAGAUUCAUAAAUAAUAUGAACCUAUAUGCUCUAUUGUCAUUAUUAAUAAAAUUAAUUAUACUAAUCAGACUAUGACCUCAAAUUUUCACUGUUUAAUACAAUAACAUUUAUUGGUGAAAUGCUUUUAGUACGAUAUGACUAGGGGGAAUAGAUCUACAGGAUAAUGUACUGUAAAGUUAUAUCUUCAAAGGUCUCCUGUAUUUAUACAGCUACAUAUUGUACAGAAAGUUCAGGUAUUAUAAUGCAUGAAUGUUUAAUUCAUAUUUAUUAUGCAUGUGUAUAUUUCAACUAUAAAUUCAUAUGAUGAGCAAUGGUCCACAGUGUUCAGUGUCCUCAGUGAAGCUGUGCUGUCAGCACACAACACCAUAAUGCUGCAAAUCAACCAGUGAUAGGUUGCACAGUGACACAAAUUCAAAAAGGCUGCAAAAUUACACGAUAACUUAUGAGUCGGCCAUCUUGUCUUUUCUUCCUCUCUGGUUUCAACACUGUUAACCUUCAAAUUUAAGAUGACAGCUCACAUAUUCAUUGUUUUCUUUCAACACUAAGUAUGAUGAGAUUGCUUAGAACAGCAAACACUUUGUUCAAGUAUAUACAGACCUAACUGUAUUAUUUUUCCAUUCUUGUACUUAUUUUCUAUGGAGCUGUCUGUGUUGAUAGACACUGCAGUGGCUGAUGAUGGCACCUUUGAAUUUUGUUAGAAUCACAUAUUCAGGUUUUCCAGAAAUUACUAGAUUUCUGUGGUUGGAACAUCGCACUAUUUACACCAGAGCGUGCUCCAUCAGCAUGGUGCAUUUGACGUUUGACAUGUUUUGGAAAAUACUUGAAAAGAACACAUUUAGCAUCAACCACAGUUUGGGUCACAUGUACAUAGAUGACUCAUGUAAAUAGUGGUAAAUCAGAAUAGUGGUAGCAGAAAUCGUGUAAUUUCUGUAAAUCUUUGGUCUCUCUAGGAUGAUUGAGGUCAAUUCCAACUGUAAAACUAAAGCGCAGAAUUGGCAUUUGUUCAUAAGUCAAAGACAGAAUGAAAGAUUGUAAUUUUAGCUCAUUGCUGUUGGAAACAAUGUUUUUCUGUCCUUAAAAUCUUCCUUGCGUUGCUCUGAGUGAUGAAAUUAUAACCUAACUUUACACGUGAAACCGUCCUUGUCAAACCGAGAGGAGCCGAUUGCAAUGCCAACUUAUGAAUCACUUUGCAAGAAACAGUGUUAACAGGUUUUUGGCAGAAUAUGAAUAAUAAAUAACUUCCUACAUUGUGUAAAAUACCCGUUGAGUAUUUUAUUCCGUCCAGAGAAACAUGAUGCAGAAGCCAUUCUAAGUGGCAACUCUCGAGCCAAUAGAAGCAGCCGAUACAUUUGAAAACACAAAUCUUUGCUUUCAGACGUAACGUCUUUAAGUAUGUAUACUUGACUUUUCUAAAACCUUUUCCGUUCAAAUUUGUUAUUUUCUAUGAAUGAGAUGUGUAUUUUGGAACACUUAACAGAUGUUAAAAUUUUUAGCGCAAUCUGUAAAAAAUAAAAAAAAGGAAAAAAAAAAACAAAAAAAAACAAACCUUGAGUUAUUUCCCUGACAACGAUUUACAAAUGACUGUUUUAUGUAUAUAUUUGAUGGCCAUCAUUUUCAAAGGUAGUAUCUCUUUUGAACUGUUAUGCAAUAUUGAAGCUUUUUAGUGUGAAGAAGGGCCUAUUAUUCAGAAAUAAUUAAAGCUGGGAGUCUUUUUUUUUCUUAGACGUUUUACAAUAAUCUGAGGGGUUAUCCUGCAGAAAUAUUUAUAGAAAGAUUUUUUUACAACACUUUAUGUAUAGAAUAUGCAACAAAGUUACACAAAAAAGGAAAUAUUGUUGUCUACAUAGAAUAUUAUUAGAAAAGCUGGUACAUAAUUAAUACCCUUUCUCAGUUAUAAGCCAUUGUAUUUUUGUCUUUUAUCAGUGUUGAAAAAUGCUAUCCAUUUCCUGUAUUUGACUAACGAUGAGCUGCCAUUUUGCAGCCACUCAGUUGUUGCAUGUAUUUUUUUGUAUACUGUAACUACAAUAUUAUAAAGAUAUAGUGUUAACAUGCAGAAUCUUUUUUUUCUUAAUUAGUGAUGGAUACUCACCACUGUAAAAGCACGUUAAACUGUGAGAUAUAGUUUGCUUAAAGCAGCAACAAGAAGAAACUAUUGUAAAAUGUUAGUGUUAUUAGUAGAUUAGGGAGUUUAUACUUUUGUUAAGAAAACGCGUGUGACAAAAAACAGUUUUAGAGUUUAGCAUGUGCAUGUGUUUGGUUUUGAGUGAAAUAUUACUUUUGUGCAAUGUAAACUUAUUUAAAUACAGUAGCGUGCUACAUGACAUUUUUAACACUAUCAACAAUUUUAUAAUUAAUCGGGAAGCAUUUCAUUUAACGCUUGUCUUGCCUCUAUGAAUAAUACAUAUUUACUGAAUGUAAUGUGUUAACACAUGUGGUCAAGUGGAAAGUUAUGUUUGUAUUAUUUACUGUCUGUAUCACUUGAGAUAUCUGUAAUGCAAUAUUGCAAUAUUGUAAUAUUUGAAUUGGACAGAAUGCAGGCGUGAGGUUGAACAGACGAUUUUGGGAAACAAGGACAGUCGUGGGUUUUGAGAGGAGACCAUCGGUCUGCUUUUCAUGUCCAUCAAACGGCAUUCCAAAAUGUGCCUUAUUUGUUAGUUGGGAAAACAUUUAGUGCUUGACUUGAUGAAUAAAAGUUAUAUUGGAAAAAAAA